AUGAGCUGUAUUCCUGCGUCACACAGUAUGAACGUCAUUCUCAGUCAAGUAGAAUCUCAGAUGGAGGACCGUCCAGUUCAAAGAAGAGGGAGCAAAGCCUAUCAGAUCUUUCCUGAAGCCAACACGAAUGAAGAAUCAGAUUACCCUGCAGACUUUCUCUACAGAAGGGAACGUCUCCCCUCUAUUGUUGUGGAGCCCACAGAGCACAGUGAGUAUGACAGCAGGGAGCUGGGCUCACCUUCACGAUGCCCAAUGGGCUGCAGUCUGGAGGAAGACGAGGAGGAGGACAGCAGUGCUGAUCCCACAGAGGGCUCUGUAGAUGGAGAGCAGCAGGAGGAUACUGAAGAAGGCUCAGUUGUCCGGAAGUCUUCUAUAGGACCAUCCCAGAGUCAACUGUCCCUCUUCCGGCUGACCCCACCCGCCUCCCCCACCCCCCCUGAGGCUGCCCCACCCUGCCUGAGGAGUUGA